GCAUCGCUGUUGAAUGCUACUGGGCUCCGCUAAGUUUAGCUGGAGCCUCUGGGCUCGAUUGUGUUCGGCUGUGCGCUGCUGGGCUCAGCUGGGUUCGGCUGUGAUCCGACUAGGUUCAGCGGUGCGCUGCUGGGCUCAGCUGCGUUCGGCUGUGAUCGGGAGUAAGCGGACUAGGUUCAGCGGUGCGCUGCUGGGCUCGGCUGUGUCCGGCUAGGUUCGGCUGUGCACCUCUGGGCUCUGCUACGUUCGGCCGGGAGCCUCUGGGCUCGAUUGUGUUUGGCUGUGCACCGCUGGGUUCGGCUAAGUUCGGCAGUGCAUCGCUGGGCUUGGCUGAAUGCCACUGGGCUCCGCUCAGUUUCGCAGGAGCCUCUGGGCUCCAUUGGGCUCGGCUGCAUUCAGCUAGGAUCGGCUGGGCGCCUCUGAGCUCCAUUGUGUUCGCUGUGUGUUGCCGGGCUCGGCUGUGUCCGGCUAGGUUCGGCUGUGCACCUCUGGGCUCUGCUACGUUUGGCUGGGAGCCUCUGGGCUCGAUUGUGUUUGGCUGUGCACCGCUAAGUUCGGCUAAGUUCAGCUAGGUUCGGCUGAAUGCCACUUGGCUCGGCUGAGCUCGGCUGGAGCCUCUGGGCUCGACUGGGUUCGGCUGGGCGCCGCGGGGCUCGGCUGAGCUCGGCUGGAGCCCUUGGGCUCGAUUGGGUUCAGCUGGGCGCCGCGGGGCUCGGUUGAGCUCGGCUGGAGCCUGGGGCCCCGCGGGGCGUGCUGGCGAGUCUAGGCUGCGCUCUCAGUGGGCGUGAAAGGCGGAGCGCCACCUAGCGAAGCCGCGCCCCCAAAAGGUUUCGCAAAGACGCAUGGGAGGGGAGCCAUCCGAGGUUUAUCAAGAUGGCGGAAGCGGAGGAUUCUCCGGGAGAACAGGAGACAGCGGCCUCCAAGCCCCUGUUUGCAGGGUUGUCUGAUGUGUCAAUUUCUCAGGACAUUCCCAUAGAAGGAGAGAUUACCAUCCCCUCCAGAGCUCGUGCUCAAGAACAUGACAGCUCCACACUAAAUGAAUCCAUUCAUCGGACCAUUAUGCGAGAUCUAAAAGCUGUGGGAAGGAAAUUUAUGCACGUUUUAUAUCCAAGGAAGAGUAAUGCCCUGUUAAGAGACUGGGACUUGUGGGGCCCAUUGAUACUUUGUGUGUCACUUGCAUUGAUGUUACAGAAAAGUUCCAUUGAUGAGAAGAAGGAUGGCGGAGGCCCAGAGUUUGCAGAAGUAUUCGUUAUCAUCUGGUUUGGGGCAGUUACCAUCACCCUAAAUUCCAAACUUCUUGGCGGAAACAUUUCUUUUUUUCAGAGUCUCUGUGUAUUAGGGUACUGCAUUCUUCCUUUGAACAUCGCAAUGCUGAUCUGCCGCCUGCUGCUUUUGGCAGGACAGGGACCAAUAAACUUCAUGAUUCGGCUUUUUGUGGUGUUGGUGAUGUUCGCUUGGUCCGUGGUAGCAUCUACAGCAUUCCUUGCUGACAGCCAGCCUCCAAACCGAAAAGCCCUGGCAGUGUAUCCUGUCUUUUUAUUCUACUUUGUCAUCAGUUGGAUGGUACUCACGUUCACUCCAUGAAUCAGGAUACACACAUUCAAUACCAAUGAACUGAAGGCUCACCUGAAAGAUAAUGCUUACCAACAACAACUUCCCCCCACUUUGUUCAAUUGUUGGGGUAUUAAAAGGGAGCCACAUGCCACUGUUGUCACUUAUAUAAGAAACUGAUAUUUGCAAGGUUGUCCUUUUCCUCUUAAUGUUAUUCUUUUCAAAUACUUGUACAUACCAUACAUAGUAACAUGCCUCCUUAAGGCAUGAUGAAGCUAUUCAUGUCAACCAGUGACUCGAGCAAGUGGAUCCACUCUACAGAUUACAAAGAGUUGGUGACCAUCUUCAGCUUGGAGAAUAUUUGUUCAGGUGCAGCUCUUAAACACAUUGCCUUAUGACUUAGAAUAUGCCUCUUUUCAUAAAUAACAGUCUGUAUUCAUUUAUUGUCUUUUCUCCCCCAAACUUGAGACGGCAACAAGAAGAGGUUAGGAACGAGGUUUGUAGAUGUGGGAAGAGAAAACAUGUUAACUAGUUUCAGAUUUUGAUCAGAGGUACUGCUAUACUUAUUUUGUCAUUUGUUUUUUAGCAAAUAACAUCUAAAGAACCAGCUUUUAAAAUAUUUUUGUAUACUUA